AGUCAGCUUGACGAGGGUGAACCACAGACACUGCCAAGAAAUGAUGAAGUCGCUGUCAAGGUGCACUGACUGAAACAAGACUCGGAAAAGAAAAGAGAGGUAACAUGAGAGAGAAAGAUUGUAGUAAAGCAUUAGAUCCUUGCUAUUGCUGCAUUGUAGCCGGGUCAGCGCCUAAAACUGGGGGAAGCCCCUAAUCUGAGAUGUUUUACUGCAUUGGACCUGCAACAUUUAGAGAAGCAAGACCACCCACGACCUUAUCUCCCCUCCAGUGCACUCACAGCCCAUAUACUCUAAAAGGAAAAGAGGUAGAAGGGAGCGAGCAGAGGGUAGAAAGAGGAAGCAGCGUGUUGCUAACUAAAUCCAACCUCGGCUUCAGCACUUCUCGGUUUUGUUAAGCCAAAUAACGAUGUGCUCAGAGGAACAUUUCUCACUUGGAUUGGCUGUGACUGCGAGAUGACUGGAGCUUUUCUGAGUGUUCCCAUCAUGAGGCCUUACCACUGCUGGACCGUCCUGCAUGUGUCCAUCUUGGCAGGGCUGCUUCUCACCUUAAAUGCUGACAAUAAUGAUUCAACUUGCGAUAUAGAAAUUAGAGUACGUCGCGGCACGGUUCAUGAAGCUCUCCUUGGGGAAGACCUUCGGAUUAACUGCCCAGUUGCUUUCUGCAACAAUUCCCCACUGACAGUCUCCUGGUAUAAAUAUGAGACAAGUAAACCUGUCCCUGUUGAUGUCAGCAGCAGCAGUCACAUUAAAACAGAGUGGACACGUCCAAAGCCUUUAGAAGGGAUAUCGUAUUUGAUCUUCCAAAAAAUACUCAGAAAUGACUCGGGUCAGUAUCAGUGUACAACUGGAGGCAGUAUGAGUCAUAGCAUCAACAUCUCUGUCUAUGGUGAUGGUGAGCGUAAUGUUACACGGAAUGUCACAACAGAAGAAAUGAUUGUGGAACCUGAACCCAGAGACGAUCUAUGGAUAUACAUGUACUUUGCAGCUGGGAUUGUGCCAUUUGUCAUCAUAGUGAUCAUUUUAUCCGUUGUAUCAAUGCGAGGUUGUAAAGGGAGGCCAAAGAAAGAGCUGCAAACUGAAAAUCAGUACAUGGCGAUCCCCAUGGUCGAGCAACCCUUGCCUCACGCCAGCAUCCAGCCCUCGCCAAGAGGAACCCCCUCUGCACCGCCGUCUCGGAGGUCCACCCGGAGGAUUACAUCACCCUCACAACCCAAUGAGCUGCCAGCACCACGAGACACUGAGGAAGAGGGGAGUUCUAUUGUGUAUGCUGCUCUCAAUCAUCAUCUUCCAGCGGCGGCUGCUGCUCGGCCGCCACGGAGACGACAGGAGGAGACUUCAGAGUAUGCAGCUAUCCGUGUUAAAGACCCAGCGCCCAAUAUAAAUUACUCCUAAGUGGACAACAGCUCCCAUUUGCCGGAAUAAAUAGGGCGAGGACCACAUUUCAAUCUGGUACAUCCCAGAGGAGCUCAGCAGAGUGAUUAAAAGGAGAUAUACAGAAAACUUGCCUUGGAUAGGCAAAGUUUUUUCCAUUUGCGUUUUUGUAAAAAAACAAACAAAAAACUGCUAUCUUAUCACAACAUGAGGAAAAUACAGCCGGACAUCUACCUGAGACUCUAAAGAUUUGCCCUUUGCUAAAAUUGAUUAGACCUCUGCUCAAGGUGAAGUUUGGCUAGGCCGAGCUGUGCUGGGAAUUUGUGAGGUCAUCAUGUACCAAUAAGAAUGGAUACGCCCUAAACAUGCCAAAUUAAAAUGGAAUGUAACCAAGUGGUCUCCACUCCAUUUCAAUUCAGGACCAAAGACAACGAAGUACCUAUACUGUUUUGCUGUAAGGGUGCCUUGUUUGCAUCAUCAAAAAGUAAAAUCUUUGCUUUCACGGAAAUGUUACUGACAUUGUCCCACUGGAGCCAUGUUGCAGGAUUUCUUCAAAUAUACGAGGCUGUGAGCGACCAAACUGCCAACCUGAUCUCACAGAAUAACGUGAAAUGAACACGGCCCCUUAACUCAAAAGCUGUGGCAGUGUCACGGAAUCGCCGAAAAGUCCGUGAUGGGCCACGGAAUAAUUCCGUGAAAUGAACACGGCCCCUUACGUUAAGGAAAAGGUCGUGGGAGGGCGGG